AUGGCGUCUAGUCCUGUGCUUCCCACCGAGGAUGAACAGGUUUCCUUGGGCAUCGAUGGUCGCCAUAUUACACUGCAAGCUGAGCAGGAAGACACUCAGAAGAAAACCUUCACCUGCUGGAUAAACUCACAGUUGGCAAAGCACACUCCUCCCUCGGUUGUGUCAGACCUAUUUGCGGACAUUAAAAAGGGGCAUGUCCUCCUGGACCUGCUAGAAGUACUCUCAGGACAACAGUUGCCUCGAGACAAAGGAUCUAAUACCUUUCAGUGUAGAAUCAAUAUAGAACAUGCCCUGACAUUCCUAAAAAACCGAUCAAUCAAGCUAAUAAAUAUUCAUGUCACUGAUAUUAUAGACGGAAACCCAUCCAUCAUUCUUGGCCUAAUUUGGACAAUUAUACUGCACUUUCAUAUCGAAGAGCUUGCCCGGACUCUUUCUUGCAAUUACAAUCAACCUUCCUUGGACAGUGUGAGUGUGGCUGACUCAUCUCCUACCUCAAGUCCUCCAGCCAAGAAAUGCUCCAAAGCCCAAGAAAGAUGGCAGAUGUCUGCAAAGAAGGCUCUUCUCUUGUGGGCUCAGGAGCAAUGUGCCCCGUGUGAGUCUGUCAGUGUGACAGAUUUUAAGUCAAGCUGGAGAAAUGGGAUGGCUUUUUUGGCUGUCAUUCAUGCCUUGCGACCAGACCUAAUUGACAUGAAGACAGUGAAGCAUAGAUCCAACAAAGACAAUCUGAAAGAGGCCUUUGGAAUUGCCGAACGGGAAUUUAAAAUCCCCAAGUUGCUAGAACCAGAAGAUGUGGACGUUGUUAAUCCUGAUGAAAAGUCAAUCAUGACUUAUGUGGCACAAUUUCUACGGUAUUCGAAGGAUGCAUCUGGGACUGGAGCUGAAGCUCAGGGAAAGGUGAAAGAUGCUGUGGUCUGGUUGACUCUACAAGAGAAAAAACUACAGAAAGUGCUAAAGGAUUCAGAAAAUGAGACCUGCUCUAAAAAGUAUGAUAGCCUGCUGUCCUUUUUGGAGUCCUUCAAUGAAGGAAAAGAGCCCUUUUUGGACAUCCUGCCAAUAGAAAAGAACUUGGAUGAGCUGAAUGAAGAUCAGUUACAGUUGAGAGAAGUCUGGGAUGGCCUCAACUACCAGAUUAAUGUGUGGAAAAGGGAGCUGAAUGAUGCCUUGCCCUCGCCGCUGCAUCAAAUCGAAGCCUGGCUCCAGGAGGUAGAGGAGCUUAUCGAUGAAGAUUUGCCAGCUUCCCAGGAUUACUGUGAAGCCGUGGCUCUAAUACAAGAGAAAAUGACUUUAAUCAAGAAUCUGAUGGAUAAAUUUGAUUGUUGUUCGCAUACUCUUCUGGCGUUUGAAAAUAGAGAUGAAAAAAAUUUGCCACUCGUAUCACCUAAGAAAUUGGAGGAAAUGAAAGCACGAAUCAACAACAUUUCGGGGGAAAAAUUCAUUCCACUUCUAGAAUUUCAUUACUAUAAGUGCACAGUUCUUGGUCUGCUAGAUGAAGUAAAAUCAAAAUUGGAUGUUUGGAACGUCAAAUAUGGGAACAAAGAAUCUGUGGAAUUGUUGCUGGAAGACUGGCAUAAAUUUAUUGAAGAAAAAGAGUUCCUAGCUCAACUUGAAACUUCCUUGCAAAAGUGUGAAGAAAUACAUAAGAAUUUAGAUGGAGAAUAUCAGGAUAUUAGCAAACAAUAUAUGGCAGUGGAAUAUGAUAUUUGUAUGUAUAGAAAAAAUGUAUAUAAUGUCAAGUCCACUCUUCAGAAAGUUUUGACAUGUUGGGCUACUUAUCUGGAAAAACUUCGCUUACUAAAGUCUUGUUUUGAGGAGACAAAGAAGGAACAGAUUAAAGAGAUUCCCUUUGAGACAAUAUCCCAGUGGAGUGUAGAACAUACUACUUUAAAUGAAGUGGGAAAUUUCCUAAUUCAAGUCAGUAAUGAUGAAGUUGGAUCAUCUAUUUCUAAAGAACUGAGAAGGCUGAAUAAAAGAUGGAGAAAAUUUAUUACAAAAACUCAACUUGAAAUGAAACUGCCACUUAGAAAAAAACAGGAUCAGCCCAUUUUUGACAAUUAUGAAAAUACUCAGCUACAUGAAGAAGAAAAACCAACUGUUGAUUUUUCAAUGGAUAUGUCAAUAGAACUUCCUGAAAGUCAUAAUCAGCAUGUAAAGGCUGGGGAAGGACAUGAAAAAGAAAAUGAAUUCACAGGGCAACUCAAAGUGGCUGAAGAUGUUGAAAAACUGAUUGAACAAGUGGAAAUCUGGGAGGCAGAAACUGAAUCUCUUCUGGAGCUUUUGAGAUGUCAUGAGGGGGUAGACGCCUCAGUGGAAGAAUCUUUGCAGCAUCUUAUUGCCAAAGGCUCUAUGUAUGAAGAGCUUGUGUCUAGAAUUGAAGAUACCUUACAAAUGGAUGUGCAGAAUAUUUCCAGCCAGGAGUCCCUUCAACAUGUUCUCACAGUUGGGCUUCAGACAAAGAUUCAAGAAGCUAAAGAGAAAGUUCAGAUCAGUAUGGUGAAAUUAGCUUCCGUGUUGAAAAACUCAGCUGAUGCUUCCCCAGAUCUGGAUGUCAGGCUGAAAGUGGAGGAGUCCCAGAGGGAACUUGAAUCAUACAUGACAAGGGCUGAGCAAUUACUUGGACAAAGAGAGAGCCGGAGUGGACUAAUUUCAAAAUACAAGGAAGCACUAAUAAUUCUAAAUUCUAAAAGUCUGGUCAAGUAUUUGAAAGCUGUUGAGGAACUGAAAAAUGAUGUAACUGAGGGUGUAAAGCUGUCUUUGGAAGAAGAGAGUAGACGUGUCUGUGCCAAGUGGGAGUCUCUUCAUCAUGAGAUGUCUUUGUAUAUUCAACAACUGAAAAUAGACAUUGAAAAAGGAAAACUCAGUGACAGUAUUUCAAAACUUGAAAAACAAAUAAAUAAAGAAAAGAAACUAAUUCGCAGAGGAAGGACCAAGGGUCUCAUCAAGGAACAUGAGGCCUGCUUUUCUGAGGAAGGCGGUCUGUACCAGCUCCAUCACCACAUGGACGUCCUGCGGGAGCUGUGUGAAGAGCUGACUUCACAGAAGAGUCAACAAGAAGUGAGGAGGGCCCUCAAAGAUUAUGAACAGAAGAUAGAAAGACUUCGGAAAUGUGCUUCCGAGAUUCAUGGGGCGCUGCAGCCCGCGGUGGGAGGCGUGUCGAAAAACAAGGAGCCCAUGAGCACAUCUGAGAAUGGAGGAAGGAAUGCCCACAGCGAGGUGCCAUCUGCAAACUCAGAUAAUCAGCCAUCAGCUGAACAGGCAGUGGGAUCAAUUAAGAAUUUUAGCCUGGAAUCCGAGUUAAAGCCUCAACAGGAAGAAAGCGUUAUGGAGAAGUAUGAGAAGGGUCACGAUGCAUCUGUCCGUAGUUUACAAGAGAGGUAUGAUACACACAGAGAAAAUCUUGAGCUGUGCCUGCAAAACAACAAAUUCAGAAUUAUUUCUGAUUUCUCCAGUGACAUAGUAAGGAGUAGUGCAUGUCUUCAGGCUAAACUGACAGAUCUACAGGUCUUAGAAAAUGAAACUGAUUCCUGCUGGAAGGAGUUUGAAAUCACUUCACUGAGGUUAGAAGAGCUUGAGAGUGACGUAAAGAAGCCCUUUAUACGCGAGGCAAGAGACAGAUUAAAAGAAAAAGAAAGAGAGUUUCAGAUGACUCUUAAUACCAGAAUGGAAUCUUUGGAGACUGCGCUGAAGAUUGUGUUACCUGUGGAGAAGGAAUCACUUCUCCUCUGUGGCUCAGACCUGCUCCUCCAUGAAAUGGCCAUUCAAGAAUUUCAUCUCAUUGAUGCUGAUGGCAUUUAUCAAAACCUGAGGAAUAUCCAAGAUUCCAUCAUAAAACAGAUUGAAAUAUGUAAUAAUUUGGAACAGUGGGGCGACUUUGCAUUGAAAGAAUUACACCCACUGGAUCUCCAUGCAACAAAGAAUAUUAUACUGAAACACAGAACACAACUUGAUGAAACGAACCACAAGGUACAGAGUUGUAAAGAUGCCCUCAAAGCUCUGGAGGACUUUCUGGCUUCUCUGAAAACAGCUGAACUCCCUUUUGAGCUUGUUACAGACCUGUCAGCCUCAGAUACACAGGUGGUACCAGAAAACACUUUGACAAUAGAAAAUAAAGAAGGAGAAACCAAUCUGAUGAAGGACAAGGCCAGACAUUUGGAUGAACGUUUGAAGAUGCUUGGUAUAAGCUUUAAAGAUGCUGAAUGGGGUGACGACACCUGUGAAAAACUUGUUGAUGCUUUGUCCAAAAAGUUAUUUGAGACACAUGGCUAUGGCGUGCAGGAGGAGUUCACUGAAGACAAGUUACUAGAGAUUUGUACUUUCAAAAAUAAUGACCUCCUGAAAAAUAUUCAAGAUGUGUGCAAUCAAAUCAGUAAAAUCAGUCUUAAGGAUCCCACUGCUCCAGCUGUGAAACAACGGAAAAAAGCACUAAUGAAACUGGAUAAGGAUCUAGAUGAAUAUGAAGAAGAGAAGAAAUGCUUGCAAGAAAUGGUCAAUUCUCUUCCGCAGUUCAGAGACGGCCGAGAAAAAUUGCUGAAUCAACAGUGCCAAAAUACGGCACUUUUGUGGGAGAAUACAAAAGCUUCGGUCACUGAAUGCCUUGACCAAUGUGAAAGAGUCUUGGAGCUCUUAAAACAGUAUCAGAAUUUUAAAAGUGUCUUGACAACUUUGAUUCAAAAAGAAGAGAAUGUCAUCUCCCUUCAGGCUUCCUACAUGGGAAAAGAGAACCUGAAGAAAAGGAUAGCAGAGAUUGAAAUUGUCAAAGAAGAAUUUAAUGAACAUUUAGAAGUUGUAGACAAGAUUAACCAGGUCUGUAGAAACCUACAAUUUCAUCUAAAUAAAAUGAGAAGUUUUGAAGAGCCUCCUUUUGAGAAAGAAGCUAAUAUUAUUGUGGAUAGAUGGCUUGAUAUAAAUGAAAAAACCGAAGACUACUAUGAAAAUCUUGGUCGAGCUCUAGCUUUAUGGGACAAGCUUUUUAACUUAAAAAAUGUCAUUGAUGAGUGGACUGAAAAGGUCCUUCGAAAAGUGGAAUUACAUCAACUGACUGAAGAAGAAAGAGAAAAGCUGAAGGUCAUGGAGUCCUCUGUUUUAAACAAGAUAGAAAAUGUAAAAAUGCAUUUAACAGGAGAAUCCACCUGCUCUGCGCUCAGUGGCCAUACAGCUGAGCUAAGGGAGGAUCUCGACCAAGCCAAGACUCAGAUCGGAAUGACUGAGUCCCUGUUAAAAGCCCUGUCUCCUUCUGACAGCUUAGAGAUCUUUACUAAACUAGAGGAGAUACAACAGCAAAUCCUACAGCAAAAGCACAGUAUGAUGUUACUGGAGAAUCAAAUAGGUUGUCUGACUCCUGAACUCUCUGAAUUAAAAAAGCAAUAUGAAAGUGUCAGUGAUUUAUUUAAUACCAAAAAAAGUGUUUUGCAAGAUCACUUUUCUAAGUUAUUGAAUGAUCAGUGCAAGAACUUUAAUGACUGGUUUGGCAACAUUAAAAUGAACCUUAAGGAGUGUUUUGAAUCAUCAGAAACAAAAAAGAGUGUGGAGCAAAAGCUGCAAAAACUUUCUGAUUUCUUAACUCUUGAAGGAAGAGGCAGUAAAACACAGCAGGUGGGAACUGUACUAAGUCAUGUGAAGAAGCAUCUGCCCAAAGCACAUGUUAAGGAGCUUCACAGUUGGAUUAUAAAUCAAGAAAUUGAAUUAGAAAAAAUGGAGUCCAUUUGCCAGGCACGAACAAAGGAGCUGAAUGCCUGCUUGCAACAGCUACUAAGUCUCCAGGAUGACCACAGAAAUCUGAGCACAUGGUUGACCAGUCAAGAAGAGAAAUGGAAAGAACUGGAAAAACCAGGAGAGAAAACUGAGCUAUUUUGCGAAGCUGUAGCUAGAAAAAGGGAACAAUUUGAAUCUAUGGCCCAGCUGAACAAUUCUUUGAAGGAAUAUGGGCUUACUGAAGAAGAAGAAAUAAUAAUGGAAUCAACACAUUUGAUUGAUAGAUACCAGACAUUUUUGAGACAAUUAUGUGAAAUUGAUGAAGAGGAUAAGUUACCUCCUACAGAGGACCAGAGCUUUAAUGAUCUUGCACAUGAUGUAAUUCAUUGGAUAGCAGGGAUUAAAGAGUCCCUUAUGGUUUUGAAUUCAUCUGAAGGCAAAAUGCCGCUUGAGGAAAGAAUCCAAAAAAUAAAGGAAAUCAUUUUACUAAAGCCUGAAGGGGACGCUAAAAUACAGACCAUCAUGAGUCAGGCUGAGAGCAGCAAGGCUCCAUUGGCUCCAAAGACCCUUACUGAUAUCAAGAACCAGUGGGACAACACACUCCAUUUAGCCAACACGUAUCUAAGCCAUCAAGAAAAGCUUCUACUAGAAGGAGAGAAGUAUUUGCAAAGUAAGGAGGAUCUGAGAUUAAUGCUCACAGAACUGAAAAAGAAACAAGAAGUGGGCUUUGCUCUGCAACACGGUUUGCAGGAGAAGAAAGCUCAGUUAAAAAUUUAUAAGAAAUUCCUCCAGAAAGCGCAAGAUUUGACAUCCUUGCUAAAAGAGUUAAAAUCUCAAGGAAGUUACCUCUUAGAAUGCACUAAAAAUCCCAACUUCAGUGAAGAGCCUUGGCUGGAGAUAAAGCAUCUACACGAAAGUCUUCUACAGCAACUACAGGGUUCCGUGCAAAAAUUGGAAGGUCACGUUCAAGAACACCACUCAUACCAGGUUUGCGUCGCAGACCUGAAUACUACAUUGGACAAUCUCUCCAAGGAACUUGCCAGUUUUUCUGAUAAGCCUUUGGAUCAAAUAGCAACUGAGGAAAAACUGCAGACACUGCAGGAACUAGAGAAUAGACUCAGUUUACAAGAUGGCACAUUGGAGAAGAUUUUAGCUUUAGCAAAAUCCAUCAAGAAAAAUACAUCUUCAGUGGGACAGAAGAUUAUUAAAGAUGAUAUAAAAUCACUUAAGUGUAAACAAAAGGAUUUGGAAAACCGACUUGAAUCUGCUAAGCAGGAGACAGAAAAUUGUCUUCAUAGCAUUCUCCAAUCAAAACGCUCAACAGAACAGAAAGAAAAGUUUAGUCUGCCAGGCAGAGAGGAGGAGGUCACUUGUGAUGUGCAGGAGUCCACUCAGGACUCAGCUGUACUGGAAAAAUUGGAGCAAGAUUGGGAAAUAAACAAGAAUUCAGCUGUGGAAAUGGUUUUGUCAAAACAACUUUCUCUCAAUGUUCAAGAAAGCAUGAAAAACACUGACGAUGAGCAUAAAGUCAAUGAGCUGCAAAAUCAACCUUUAGAAUUAGAUGUCGUGUUAAGAAAUGAACAAUUAAAGGAGAUAGAGGAAUUAUAUGCCCAGUUGGACGCAAAGAAAUCAGCCAUUGAACCACUGGAACAAACUGAGUGUCUCAAUAAAGCAGAUACAAGUGCCUUGGUUCUUCACAACGCAGGGUAUUCAGUGAACUAUUUGGACAAUCUGCUUCAGGCACUUAUUACUUUGAAGAAAAAUAAAGAAAGCCAAUAUUGUUUCCUUAAGGAUUUUCAGGAUCGCCUUGCUGCCAUUGAAUCCUCAGUGAAAGCCUUGUUGACAGAAAAGGAAAGUCUAAAAGUGGGACCACUGGACAGUGCAGCCUAUCUGGACAAAAUUAAAAACUACCUGGCAUCGAUAGAAAAAGAGAAAGAUUCUUUAAGCAAGAUGAAAAUGGAAUGGGAAAAUUUAUCAAAGUGUGUGACUGACAUGGAUAAGAAGGUUUCGGAAAGCCAGAUCCGGCAACUUGCACGUAGUUGCGAACAAGUAGAACAGUUGGCUCGAAAGAAGUAUUCUCAGCAAGUAGCAGAAAAUGAUGAAUUUAUACUUUUCAUGCGUAAGAUCCAAGACCUUGACGUUUCUCUGCAGCAACAGCAGCAGUUCGGGCUGAACUCUCCAGAACAGGAGGGGAGCCCAGGCACAGUUGCCUUGGCCACUGAACUCCUGGCUAUCAAGCAGAGAUUUUUGGCUUUGAAGGGGCAAGCUGAAUCUCAGAUGGAGAGGAUUUGGGGAGAAAAAGAAAAGAACACUUUGGAAGAUGCAAUGAAUAAUUUGCAGAAGCGAUUGGAAGCCUCGGAGCCAUUAAACACAGAGGUGGAAAAUCAGAUCAAGAUGUGUGAAACAAGGACCAGGAUGAGAGAGAUUAUCCUGUGGGUCAAGAAUCUGCUAGGUGAACUCGCUCCUACCAUUUGCCUUCUCCCAGAUGACAUUCUUUCACAGAUCAGAAAGUGCAAGAUGACACAUGAUGGCAUUCUGGAUAAGCACCAAGCUGUGGAGUCCUUGGUUGAAGAGGUCAAAGAUAAUACUCCUAAUCUUCCAGCAGAUGAGAGCAAUGAUUUAAAUCACCUCCUACAGGACUUACAGAAUCAGUACCAAAUGCUAGUUUUAAAGUCAACGGAAAGAUCACAGCAAUUAGAAUUUAAAUUGGAAGAAAGGAGCAGAUUUUUUGCCGUAAUAGAGAAGGUUCAACUUUCACUUCAGGAAAAUGAAGCACUGAUAAAUCCCAAGAUGAAAACAGCCUCCACAGAAACUGAACUAGAACAUGAGCGUGUCACUUUGAUGAGUUCUCAGAAGGAGUUGCAAGAAGCGGAGAGUGUGAUCUUGACCCACCUUCAGGAACAAACAAACAUCUGUAAGGAUCUAAAUGUGUUUGAAAGAUUAUUUCUGGAUGACCAGUUGAAAAACCUUAAGACUAGAGCCCAUAGAACGCAAAGAUUAAUUCAAAGUAAAUGUAAUGAAGUGGAACGCAAGAUCCAUUUUUACAGAGAAUUUCAUGAAAAAACAUCUGUGCUUCAGAAGGAGGUUGACCAUAUACGGCACAACGAACUGCUGCUAAAUCAAGAAAUAAAUCAAGAUGUUGAAAAGGAGCUCUGUGGCCUUAAAGACCGACUCACUGGUAUUCAGUCUAGUAUCCUACAGGUACGGAAACUCAAAGAAGUGUUUGAGUGUAUAGGACUAAGCUGGGAUGGUUCCCAACUUGACCAAUUACACACCCAAGUAGUUGAGAAAGAAAAGGAACUCGAGGAAAAAAUUAAGCAGUUGGCAGACCAUGUCGCAGACCAUGGCAGAUAUCAGGCAUCACUAAGUAAAUUGAGGGCUAUGGAUUUGCAAAUUAAGAAAAGAGCCGAAGCAGUGCUAGAAAUGCCCCAGACCUCACCAGAAAGCAGUUUGCUCGAUGCUCAGAUUUUGAAUCGGAGAAUUGAGAAAGCCAUGUGCUUGUGUCAAGAGAUACUAAAGAAAUUGAAUGAAAGUAAGGCCUUUGAUGACACCUUCAAAGAGAAAGAAAUGCCACGGAUAAAGCUGUAUGCAGAAGAAAAUGACAAGUUACGCAAGGUUCUCCAAAACAGCAUACUAAAAUCCCAACCCAAAGAAGUGAAUGAACAGAAUUUUCAGGACAAACUGGAAAAUUCCUUACAUGUUUUGAAGCAGAUAAAAUCUCAGUUAGAGCAGCCUUUGCUUAUAAAUUUGGACAUUGAACAUAUUCAAAAUGAGAAGGAUAAUUGUGAAGCAUUUCAAGAGCAAGUUCAGGCAGAAAUGGAUAGCGUGAAAGCUGUGACCAUCAUUGAGAAGCAAAGAGAAGAAAAUUCUUCUGGAGCUAAUGAUGUGGAGGCAAAAUUACGUGACAUUGAAGAUCUUCACAUGCAGCUUGCUACAAGCCUUGAUUUGCGCACAGAUGUCUUGAAUGAUGCUUAUGAAAGUAUGACACGCUAUAACGAGGCAGUCACUAGGGCGAUGGGGAUCCUUACUGCCCGUGAAGCCAUUAUUGCAUCCCAUAGAAUAGACCUUGCUGAUCCGGAAGAAUCGCUGGAGAUAUCUCACUGGAAACAAGAGGAGUUGCAGUCCACAAUAGCAGACAUCCAGGACCUUACUGAGAAAUUGGGGAUUGUAUCCAGCCCUGAAGCCAAACAACAACUCCAGUGUACUAUACAUGGGUUAGUUUUGAAGGACUCAGCCGUGAGGGAGGCAGCCAAAAUAAAGGAGGCUGAAAUAGAAGGGUGUCUUGAGAAUUACAAAUGCUACAGGAAAAUUAAAGAGAAAAUUUGCACUCACCUCAGUCAAAUGGAGACAGUUCUUGGGCAGUCCGUGUUCCCGUUGCCGGUGUCUUACAAGGAAGCUUUAGAGCGCUUGGAACAGAGCAAGGCCUUGGGGUCAAAUCUUACAUCAACCAAAGAAGAGUUAAUGAAACUACGCCGGGUCCACAGACACAUAAGACCCAUGUGCACAGACAGCGACGACAUGUGUCUGCUCAGAACCACGUCAGCUCUGUGGGACAAAUGGUUGAGUUUGCUAGAGGCUGCCAAAGAGUGGGAGAUUUGGUGUGAAGAACUAAAGCGGGAGUGGAAAUUUGUCAGUGAAGAAAUUGAACGAGAAGCAAUUAUUUUAGAUAACCUUCAAGAAGACCUCCCUGAAAUUUCUAAAACAAAAGAGGCGGCCACCACAGAGGAGCUCUGUGAGCUGCUAGACUGUUUAUGCCGUUACCAAGAAAAUGUGGAGAAGCAGCAGCUAUUACUGACCUUACUUCUUCAGCGCCUAAGAAGUAUCCAGAAUGCUCCCCAAAGCUUACAGGCUGUAGAAACUGGUCCAGCAUUUCAAGAGAUUACAUCGAUGCAAGAACGAUGCAACAAGCUUUUUCAGAAAGCUCAAGAAAAUAAGGAAUUGGUGGAGAAUGAAACCCAAGAAAGACAUUCCUUCACAAAAGAAAUAAGUACUUUGAAGAAUUUCUUUCAGCAGACCGCAACUUCUUUCCAAAAUAUGGAAUUACACGACCACCCAGAAAAGGCAGAACAGUUCGAGGAGCUUCAAAGCAUUUUUAAGAAAGGGAAGCUGACUUUUGAGAAUAUUAUGGAAAAACUGCGAAUCAAGUAUUCUGAAAUGUAUACCCUAGUCCCUGCAGAGAUUGAAUCCCAGGUGGAAGAAUGCAGAAAAGCAUUAGAAGACAUAGACGAGAAGAUUAGCAGUGAAGUUUUGAAAAGUUCACCAUCAUAUACGAUGAGUAGAAAAAUAGACGAGAUUAACAAAGGGCUUCACAAUGUGGAAAAGAUGUUGCAGCAGAAAAGCAAAAAUAUCGAGAAAGCUCAGGAGAUUCAAAAGAAAAUGUGGGACGAGCUAGAUCUCUGGCAUUCCCAGCUAAAUGAGCUGGAUUCUGAAGUGCAGGACAUUGUUGAACAGGAUCCAGGACAGGCUCAAGAAUGGAUGGAUAACUUGAUGAUUCCUUUCCAGCAGUAUCAGCAAGUGUCACAGAGAGCAGAAUCUAGAACCUCACAGUUAAAUAAGGCCAUACUUAAGAUGGAGGCAUAUCAUGACCUUUUGAAGAGUACUGAGGCUUGGACAGAAAAUACCAGCCGUUUGCUGGCUAAUCCUGCUGACUAUGACUCUUCAAAGAUGCUGAGUCAGCACGCUAGCACCCUUCAGAUGGCUUUGGAAGAUUCAGAACAGAAACACAAUCUUUUACAUUCAGUGUUCACGGAUCUAGAAGACUUGUCAAUAAUUUUUGAAACUGAUGAUUUAGCACAAUCUGUACAAGAGUUAAGUCGUCAAGUGGCAGCUUUACAACAAAAAAUCAUGGAGAGCCUUCCACAGAUUCAACGGAUGGCUGAUGAUGUGGUUGCUAUUGAAACUGAAGUAAAAUCAAUGGACAAAAAGGUUUCAAAAAUCAAAGCUAUCCUCUUAUCCAAAGAAAUAUUUGAUUUUUCGCCUGAAGAACAUCUUAAGCAUGGGGAGGUCAUACUUGAAAACAUACGUCCCAUGAAGAAAACCAUUGCUGAAAUAGUGUCUUACCAAGUAGAACUGAGGUUGCCCCAGACAGGAAUGAAGCCUCUCCCUGUGUUUCAGCGGACGAAUCAGCUUUUACAAGAUGUAAAAUUGUUGGAAAAUGUGACUCAGGAACAAAAUGAGUUAUUAAAGAUAGUCAUAAAACAGACUAAUGAAUGCAACGAGGAAAUAGAAAAUUUGAAGCAGAUCUUAAAUAAUUAUUCAGCCGAGUUCUCCCAUGAACAUAUAUCACCAGACCAAACUGCCAACCUGCCACAGGUACAGGGAGAAAUUGAAGGUAUGGAACAGCAGAUUCUGAGUUUGAACCAGAAGAAAGAGGACCUGUUGGUGGACCUGAAGGCUGCCAUACUAAACCUUCACCAGCAUUUACAGCGGGACCAGCAAGAAUUAGAACAAGAAAUGCCAUCAACUGGAACCUCAGAAGAAGAAGGAGUGGCUGAGAGGGAGGGCUCUGAGUGGAAGUUGAACAAAAGUUCCAUGUCUUUCCUGCCGGCGCUCAAGGAAGAGGCGGAAGAGAGCUCCCUGAAGAGUGAAAAUGGAGAGAAGACGGCAGAGCGAUCUUCCGGAUCUUGGUCUUUACUCUGCAAGCACGACCAGGACAUGGAGGAAGACAGAGCAUCCUCGUCCUCUGGAACGAUCAUUCAGGAGGCUACUGAGAAAAUAAGCCCAUGUGAGAAUGCUAUGGCACAGGUUCUUGUGCCAGACUCCAUAAACGCUGAGCAAGGCCCAGAAUUUUCCCUGAGUCCCAACCAAACAGAAGAGGGCGCCACACGUCCUCUCAAGGCCGCAGCUCUGGGCUUUUCUGACGAGCACGGGGACUUGGAGUCCACGGUGGAGAAACCCGGGCUGAAGCCUGCAGACAUCCUCCAUGCUUGCAAGACCCAGGUGGCCGAGCUGGAGCUGUGGCUGCACCAAGCCAACGUGGCAUUCGAGCCGGAAACAUUAAACGCAGACAUGCAGCAGUUGGUGGAACAGCAGCUGGUAGGGUGCCAGGCCAUGCUAACAGAAAUCGAGCACAAGGUUGCGUCUCUGCUAGAGAGCUGCAAAGAUCGGGGGCCGGGAGACAGUGGGGCCACUCAUCAGGAGGCUGAAGCUCUUUCCUUGAAGCUAAAGACUGUGAAGUGCAAUUUGGAAAAAGUCCAGAUCAUGCUUCAGGAGAAAUACAAUGAAGACCAGCAUUCUGCCACACUAAAGAAACCUUCAGAGCAUCAAAAUGAUCUCCAACCAGAUAACCUUUCUGAACUUGAACCUGUUGUAAGUGAAAGGCCACAAUUCAGCAGACAAAAAGAUUUCCAGCAGCAACAGGUCCCGGAGUUAAAACCAACGGAACAGAAAGAUUUCAUCAAAUUCGUAGAAUUUAAUGCUAAGAAAAUACGGCCCCAGUUUUGCCAACCUGAUAAAGAUACAACUCAGAAAUCAUCUGAGAGCAUUAAGGCAUCUAGCCCCGCAAAGGAUGUUCCAGACUCGGUCUUGUCAACUCAGGGCCAAAGUGGGGAUAAGUGGCAAUAUUUACGUCACGAACUGUCAUCAAAGAUCGGGCUACCGCUACCUCAGCUUGUGCAGCCUCAGGUUGCCACAGAUAUGAGUAUUCUACCCAGUGUGAGUGUGUAUAACUUUAGAUACCCAACAACUGAAGAACUGAAAACAUAUACCACACAGCUUGAAGACCUGCGUCAAGAAGCAAAUAAUCUUCAGACCCAGGAAAACAUGACAGAAGAAACAUACAUAAAUUUGGAUAAAAAAUUAUUUGAACUAUUUCUGACCCUCAGUCAGUGCCUUGCCAGUGUGGAGGAGAUGCUGCAGACACCUGGGCUCUUCAGAGAGGAUGUCUGUGCUCGGCAGGUGCACUACGAGACACUGGCUCUUGAGUUGAAAAAACUUUACUUAGCCAUGGGUGAUAAGAAGGAUGAUCUUUUGAAAGCCAUGACUUGGUCUGGGAAGAAUGCCGACUUGUUCCAUGAAUGUUUUAAUAACCUCCAAGUCUACCUGGAGCACACCCAGGCCACAGCUGCCUCUAGGAGCAAGUCCCUAAAAGCUGGCCUCGACUAUAACCGCAGUUAUCAGAAUGAAAUAAAGCGAUUGUAUGAUCAACUUACUAAGAAUAAAACAUCUUUACAACAGUCUUUGAAUGAAAUUAGUGGCCAGAGUAUUGAUGAACAGCUUCAGAAAGCAGAUGUGUAUACAGUGGAGCUGCAGAACUCCGAGAGCCGAGUGGCAAAACUAAGAGACGAAGGGGAGAGGCUUCAUUUACCUUACGUGUUACUGCAAGAGGUUUACAAAUUAGAGGAUGUGCUUGACAGUAUGUGGGGAAUCUUGAGAGCUCGGUACACAGAACUCAGCAGCCCUUUCAUCACUGAGAGCCAGCAAGAUGCCUUAUUGCAAGGCAUGGUGGAACUAAUGGCUAUUGGAAAGGAAAAGCUUGCUCAUGACCACUUAAAACAACCCAAAAGUAAAGAUGCCUUACAGGCUCAAAUACAGAAUCACAAGCUUUUUUUCCAGAAACUUGUUGCUGACAUGCUGUUGAUCCAAACAUACUCCAACAGAAUGCCUCCUUCUUUACUGCAAAAGAAAGACACAUUUUGGGCAGAACAAAUACAAGAAAUUAAAUUACUGGAAGAAAAGUCACACCAACGUGAAAUAAAGCUGCAAAGUUUAUUGCAGAAAUGGGAAGAAUUUGAUGAAAACUAUGCAUCUCUUGAAAAGGAUCUGGAAAUUCUUGUAUCUACGUUGCCCUCUGUGAGUCUGGUGGAAGAGACAGAGGAAAGAUUAGUGGAAAGGAUUUCAUUUUACCAGGAGUUCAGAAUGGAGAUGGACUAUAAACAAUGGAUAGUGGACUUUGUUAACCAGUCCUUACUUCAGUUAAGCACCUGUGAUGUAGAAAGUAAGCGCUAUGAGAGAACAGAGUUUGCAGAACACCUGGGAGAGAUGAACCGCCAAUGGCACCGGAUGCAUGGAACACUGAAUAGAAAGAUACAACAUUUAGAACAACUCUUGGAAAGUAUCACCGAGACGGAAAACAAAAUACAGAUUUUGAACAACUGGAUGGAGGCGCAAGAGGAGAGACUGAAAACUUUACAAAAACCUGGAAGUGUGAUCUCCGUGCACAGGAUGCUUCUGGAUUGUCAGGAUAUAGAAAAUCAACUGGCAAGUAAAUCCAAGGCCCUUGAUGAGUUGAGACAAUGUUACCUGACUUCGGAGAGUGGGACCAUGCCAUUGUUAGAAGACACAGCAUCCAGAAUUGAUGGGUUAUUUCAAAAGAGAAGCAGUGUUAUCAGCCAGGUCAACGAGCUCAAGACCUCCAUGCAGUCUGUUUUGCAGGAGUGGAAGAUUUACGAAAGCCUGUAUGACGAGGUGGCGACGAUGACAAUCCGAUUCUGGUACUGCAUGGAGCACAGCAAGCCUGGGCUUUUGUCAUUAGAGGCCUUAGGAUGCCAGGUGCAGAACCUCCAGUCUCUUCAAGAUGAAGCUGAGAGCAGUGAAGCAAGCUGGGAGAAACUGCAGGAGGUGAUUCGAAAACUCAAAGAUCGCUGCCCCUCGGUCGCUGAAAUAAUCGAAGAGAAAUGCCAAAAUACUCAUGCCAGGUGGACCCAGGUAAACCAAGACAUUGCAGAGCAGUUGCAGAAGGCCCAGAGUCUGUUGCAGCUCUGGAAGACCCAUAACAGUGCUCACACCGAAGCUGCAGCAAGGCUGGAGCAGCAGGAAGCAAAGUACCAACAGCUCGAAAACAUCAACAUGUCUGGAAACAACCUGGCAGAGAUCCUGACCCGGGCCCUGCAGGAUGUAAAGGAACUGCAGGAUGACGUACAGAAGACGAAAGAAGCCUUUCUCCAGAAUUCUGCUCUCCUGGAUCGACUUCCACAGCUCACAGAGUCCAGUACCUACGUGCCCCUCUCUACACAACUGCACUCCCUCCAGAGGGUUUCUUACUUGGAAAAGAUGCUGCUUGUGAAAGCUAAUGAAUUUGAGUUUGUCCUGUCGCAGUUCAAGGAUUUUGGGGAACGGCUGGAAUCUUUAAAAGGUCUCAUUACGCAUGAAGAAGAGCAUUUGGAUAAACUCUACCAUCAAGAAAAAGAAGAAAAUCCUGAGUUAUUCCUGAACCAUGUGCUGGCACUGACAGCCCAGUCACCUGAUGUGGAACAUUUGAAUGAAGUAAGCCUCAAACUCCCCCUUAGUGACAUAGCCAUAAAGACGUUACAAAAUGUGAACCGACAAUGGAUUCGGGCCACGGCAACAGCCCUGGAACGCUGCAGUGAGCUUCAGGCAACAGGAUUGAAUGAAAAGUUUCUUUAUUGCUGUGAAAAAUGGGUCCAGCUUCUGGAGAAGACGGAAGAGACACUCAAGGUGACUAUGGCUGACAGCCUCCCAGCUCUCCUGGAACAGCAGAAAACAUACGAGAUGUUAGAAGCUGAAGUUUCUAUAAACCAGACAGUGGCUGAUUCUUAUGUCACCCAGUCCUUACAACUCUUGGACACCACAGAAAUAGAGAAGAGACCGGAAUUUGUUUCAAAGUUCACGAAACUGAAGGAGCGGUGGCAGAGUGCGGCCCAGAGCCUCCGGCAGAGGAAGAGCCACAUCGAUGGGCUGGUGGGGCGAUGGCGGCACUUCACCACGGCCGCGGAGGAUUUGCUCCGCUUCCUCGCCAACACCGGCGCCCUGCUGUCUGCCGCCAAGAGCCAGGAUUGCCACAGCCUCCCCCAAACCAGGAGGCUGAUCCGUGAGCUGAAGAGUAAAGACAUUCAUUUUCAGAGACGGCACAUCACCUAUGCACUCACCUUAGAAGCUGGGGAAAAGUUACUCAACACAGCUAGCCUGGAAACAAAAGAGUUGAUUGACAAGAAAAUCAGUCAACUCCAGGACAACUGGAAGGACACAAAGCUCCAAGUAGGAGAGAUGAUUACCCAGUUGCAGAGCAAUAUAGAGACCUGGGACCAGUGUGAAAAGAAAAUCAAGGAGUUGAAAAGCAGGCUGCAAGUUUUAAAGGCACAAAGUAGAGAUCCUCUUCCAGAACUUCAUGAGGACCUCCAUAAAGAAAAAGAGCUGAUUAAGGAACUAGAGAAGUCUUUGGCCAACUGGACCCAGAACUUGAAAGAACUUCACACUCUGAAGACCGACUUAACCCAGCACAUUCUUGCGGAGGACGUGAUGGUUUUGGAGGAGCAAACAGAGCAUUUGCACAGACAAUGGGAAGACCUCUGCUUGAGAGUGGCUAUACGCAAACAGGAGAUUGAAGACAGACUCAAUUCAUGGAUUGUGUUCAAUGAAAAAAAUAAAGAGUUGUGUGCAUGGCUGGUGCAGAUGGAAAACAAAGUUCUACAGACAGCAGAUCUUAGUAUUGAAGAAAUGAUUGAAAAGUUACAGAAGGACUGCAUGGAAGAAAUAAACUUGUUUAGUGAAAACAAGUUACAGUUAAAGCAAAUGGGUGACCAGUUGAUCAAGGCCAGCAACAAGACAAGAGCAGCUGAGAUUGAUGACAAGCUCAACAAAAUCAAUGACCGCUGGCAGCAUCUUUUUGAUGUCAUUGGAUCAAGGGUGAAGAAGCUGAAGGAGACCUUUGCGUUUAUUCAGCAGUUGGACAAAAACAUGAGCAACCUUCGCACCUGGUUGGCUCGAAUUGAGUCAGAGCUUUCUAAGCCUGUUGUUUAUGACGUCUGUGACGAUCAAGAGAUCCAGAAGAGGCUCGCCGAGCAGCAGGACCUGCAGCGAGACAUCGAACAACACAGCGCAGGGGUGGAAUCUGUGUUUAACAUCUGCGAUGUCCUACUGCACGACUCCGAUGCCUGUGCCAACGAGACCGAGUGUGACUCCAUCCAGCAGACCACCAGAAGCCUGGACAGACGCUGGAGGAACAUCUGCGCCAUGUCAAUGGAACGGCGAAUGAAAAUCGAAGAGACGUGGCGUCUGUGGCAGAAAUUUCUAGAUGAUUACUCCCGCUUUGAGGACUGGCUCAAGUCAGCCGAGAGGACAGCAGCCUACCCGAAUUCCUCAGAGGUGUUGUACACAAAUGCCAAAGAAGAGCUGAAGAGGUUCGAGGCCUUCCAGCGGCAGAUCCACGAGAGGCUCACGCAGCUGGAGCUCAUCAACAAGCAGUACCGGCGGCUGGCCCGGGAGAACCGCACGGACACUGCCAGCAAGCUGAAGCAGAUGGUACACGAGGGCAACCAGCGCUGGGACAACCUCCAGAAGCGGGUCACGGCCGUCCUGCGGAGACUCAGACAUUUCACCAACCAGAGGGAAGAAUUCGAGGGGACCCGGGAGAGCGUUCUCGUGUGGCUCACGGAGAUGGACCUGCAGCUGACCAACGUGGAGCACUUCUCGGAGAGCGACGCCGACGACAAGAUGCGCCAGUUGAAUGGUUUCCAACAGGAAAUUACAUUAAAUACCAACAAGAUCGAUCAGCUCAUCGUGUUCGGGGAGCAGCUGAUUCAGAAGAGCGAGCCCCUGGACGCCGUGCUGAUCGAGGACGAGCUGGAGGAGCUGCACCGCUACUGCCAGGAGGUCUUCGGCCGCGUCUCGCGGUUCCACCGCCGGCUGACCUCCCGCGCUCCGGGCUUGGAAGAUGAAAAAGAGGCCUCCGAGAAUGAAACGGACAUGGAGGACCCCAGAGAGAUCCAGGCUGACUCUUGGCGCAAAAGGAGAGAGAGCGAGGAACCCUCUUCCCCUCAGUCCCUUUGUCAUCUGGUGCCCCCGGCGCCGGGGCCCGAGCGGUCUGGCUGUGAGACCCCCGUCAGCGUGGACUCCAUCCCUCUGGAGUGGGAUCACACAGGUGACGUGGGGGGCUCCUCCUCUCACGAAGAUGAUGAGGAAGGCCCAUACUACAGUGCACUAUCAGAUGUAGAAAUCCCUGAAAAUCCUGAGGCCUAUCUUAAAAUGACCACAAAAACUUUGAAAGCGUCUUCUGGGAAAUCCAUUUCUGAGGACCACUCAUGGCAUGUUCCUGACAGCCCUUCCUGCCCCAAGCAUCGCUACAAACAAAUGGGAAGUGAUAGGAAUGUACAAACCAUCCCCUCAGAUUCCAGCACUCCCUAUAAACCAGCCUAUAGAAACCAGAAGCGGUGGCCCAAGUCAUUUGAUAGCGGGCUGCCAUGCCCAGUUCAGCAGCUCUUCCUCUUGCUUAGUAAGCAGCUAUCAGACAGGAAGAUGAUGUCCAAAGAGCAGUCAGGCGCCUUUGACAGAUGGGAGCUGAUUCAAGCACAAGAACUUCACAAUCAACUUAGGAUGAAACAAAACUUGCAACAGCUCAAUUCCAAGAUCAGCGACAUCACCACUUGGCUGAAAAAAACGGAAGCAGAGCUGGAAACGUUAAAGAUGGCAGAACCUCCCUCUGAUAUCCACGAAAUGGAGCUCAGAGUGAAGCAGCUCAAGGAAAUACUAAAAGCCUUUGACACGUACAAGGCUCUAGUGGUCUCCGUCAACAUGAGCAGCGAGGAAUAUCUGCAGACUGAGAGCGCAGAGUCCAAAGAGCUCCAAGGUCGCGUCGGCCAGCUGGCGCUGCACUGGGAUGCAGCACAGGGUGCGGUGGAGAGCUGGAGAGCGGGCUUACGGAGAGCCCUCGUGCAGUGCCAGGACUUCCACCAGUUGAGUCAAGAUCUGCUACUGUGGUUAGCGAGUGCUGAGAGCCGGAGGCAGAAGGCUCGUGUCACGGACCCAGAGGCAGACCCCCAGGUGCUCCUGGAGUGUCAGGAAGAACUGAUGCAACUGAAAAAGGAGCUCGUGGAACGUGAACCUCAAGUAAACACCUUACAAGAGCUUUCAAACAGCCUUCUUAUUAAGGGGCAUGGCGAAGACUACAUUGAGGCUGAAGAGAAGGUACAUGUUAUUGAGAAGAAACUCAAACAGUUACUUGAGCAAGUGUCCCAAGACUUAAUGUCCUUGCAGGGCAGCCAGAACCCAGACCCAUCUCUGCCCAGCUUGGACGAGGUAGACUCUGGAGACGAGCCUCCAGCUGCAGCCACACCAGCUUCCCAAGCCAAGUUUGGAGCAGGGAGGAUGACGAAAGACCAGAACAAGGCGGACAGCAGGGUGCCCAGCCCCGGCAGCUCGCGGCCACAGCGCUCCUUCCUGGCACGGGUGAUCAGGGCGGCGCUGCCCCUGCAGCUGCUCCUGCUGCUGCUGCUGCUCCUGGCCUGCCUGCUGCCCUCCUCGGAAGAGGACUACAGCUGCACGCAGGCCAACAACUUCGCCAGGUCCUUUUACCCCAUGCUGAGGUACACCAACGGGCCGCCCCCCACCUAG